CCCUUAGAACAGAUAGGGUUAACCCUUAUGCAUUCAUCGCGUAGAUGCUGGACAUGCACAGGCACGUGAGGAUUGUCCUCCAGCACGACAGAGGACCAGAACUUCUGCAGAGCUGCUGCUGAGAUCACUCCACGGAAAACAUGGAACCGGACAUGCAGAUAAUGGACGUCGGUCACUUACGACCGCCAAACGACACAAUUGACAAUGACAACAGCAUAUCCAAGAUGGCCACCAAGCCACCGGGUGAAGGUUGCCUGUCUAAGUUUACGUCGUGUCGAUGGCAGACUGGUUACCUGACAUUGUGGUGCUCAUUGCUGCUGUUUGCCUUUCGGCACUCGUUCAACUUCGCCAUAGUGUGUAUGGAAACGGGCCACGUAGUCGACAGCAACAUCACGGAUGCAUACAAUACAACCAUUACCAGCGUUGCAGACAGUGCCAAAGUUGUGAAUCCGUAUAUUCCGGAUGACGUCCGAGGGUUGGUGCUUUCCUGUUACUUCUACGGGUAUCUAUGGACGCCUCUGAUUGGUGGAUACCUUGCAGCUAGAUUUGGGCCGAAGCUUAUGAUUACUGUAUCGAUGGCGGUGUCCAUGGUUGUCAUGGUGCUCCUGCCAAUCAGCAUCCGUACUAAUGUCUACAUUGCUGUUGCCAUGCGGGUGGCCAUGGGGUUCGCCUCGGGAGUUUUAUUGCCGUCACAACAAGUGUUAUGGUCAAACUGGGCCCCACUUUCGGAAAAGGCUCAACUCGCUGCGACGUCAAAUUCAGGAGUGAACGUCGGAAGUAUCAUGGCCACUGCCGUCUCCGGAUUCUUAUGCCAGAUACCAUUCGAUGAAGGCUGGCCUCUUCCCUUCUACGCGUAUGCUGGUGUGGGCGUGGUCUGGAUGGUCUUCUGGCUGUUGUUCGUCCACGAUUCUCCAGAGCAGCAUCCCAGAUGCUCCAAUGAAGAAAAGCAGCGCAUCUAUUUCGGCAAGACCUCCAUCAAGUCUUCAUCUAAGCCUCUACCGUGGAUGAAGACGUUGCGGUCGAUGCCUUUCUGGGCCCUGGUUGUCAAUCACGUGUCCCACUCCUGGAUCAUGUCGUCGAUACAGACGUUCCUGCCCAUGUACAUGAGCGAUGUCCUCAAGUUUGACAUUACUUCGAACGGCCUCCUUUCGUCUCUCCCGUACAUUGGGCGUUUCUUCGGCGGCCUCUUUUUCGCCUACAUCGCUGACCUCGUGCUCCAGAAGACUUCCCUCUCUGUGACGGUCAACAGGAAGAUAUUCCAGACACUAGGUACAUAUCUGCCGGGAGGGUUUCUGAUUGGCGUCAGCUUCUUGACCUCUGACCAGAGAAUGUUGGCAGUAGGGCUCAUGGUGCUAACAAUGACUACACAAGCCUGCACCAUGGCUUCCUUCAGGGUCAACCACCUCGAUAUUGCGCCAAGGUAUGCCGGCCAGGUGAUGGGCUUCACCCUGACGAUUGGAAGCUGUGCCGCCAUCAUAUCGCCCCUCAUCAUCUCCGCCAUGACUGUGGACAGAACACGGGAACAGUGGCAGCAGGUGUUCUUUCUGACGGCGGGUAUCGUCAUGACGUCCGACGUUUUCUUCCUCAUCUUUGGCAGCGGAAAGGAACAGGACUGGGCCAAGGAGGACCGUACUGACGUCAUCCCUUCGGUCACUUCCGGUUCCGAUGGCUCACCGACUGGUACGACAGGCGUCGAGAACAGGAAGAAAGGAACUGAAACAUCCGACGAACAUUCUGUUCACCGUCAACGCUCAAAGGAAACGUCGGAACUGAACGCGUUGAAAAAUGGAGUUAUCAACGCCGCAUUUGACCUGUCUGGUGACUUGGUCGAUGAAACAAGCCACAGCACGGAGUCAUGUCAUGGCGGAACGGCCAACAACCACGUGGACAAGCAAGUAACACGGCUUUAAUGCCGGAGAUAUAGGCUUGAUAUGCAGUGAGGUUGUGCCAUCUCGUCAUGGUAACCGUAACCAGAGAAACACGUGAUGCCAUCGCCCGUACGUCUUUAUUGUUGCCAAACUCAUAUAUGUAGAACCUGGAUUAAAUAUUACAAAUAAAGUAGAUUUGGUU